AUGGAUCUCUCCUCCAUUGUUGUGGCUCUUCAGGGAACCUCAUCUCUUGUGCCGCGUGCUGUGUCGGUGCUGUUCAACUAUGCGAACCCGCUCUCCGACAGGGAGGCGGCGAAGCUGUCCGAGUUUAUCAAGGAGCAACAGGAGACGGCCUUAGAGGCGAAUGAGGUACCGGAUAGCAUCAAACAACUCAUGGAACGACCGCUUCAGCGCUUGUCAGUUGUCACCGUUAUUCAGUGUGUAUUAGGCGUUGCAAAGAUUCCAAGCUUCCCUGUCAAGUAUCAGCGACGUCUUCAGCGGCAGCUUUUGCCUCUUAUCUGCAAGCGUGCAUCCCUGUCGCCAGAGGAAUGGAGCCAUGUGCUUCGUCAAACAGCGGUGCUUCCAAUGAGCCACUCCGCCACGGCACGUCAGUGUGCAGAAGAGGUGCUAAAGGCGGCGGCGCCAACGGUAUUUGCUCCUACUGAGCCGUCUGCCGAAGGCGGAGAGGCCAUCACGGAGGUGCAAAAACUGUUUCUAAAGAUAUUUGCUGCUGUUGUUUUGCAUUAUGCCAGGUAUUACACCACAAGUUCAAAGCGCUCCACAUUACAGAAUGUGCCUAUUGCGAAGAACAGUAAUAAGAAGUAUUUUAUGGGUUCUGUCCUUUUUAAGCGUCUUCGACGAAUACUGGACAUGAAUUGCGGUCACUUAAAGGAAAAGUGGUCUGUGUUCGUCCAGACGUUGUCACCAGCGGACGCGGUUAUACUUUCUGUAACGGCAACAUGGAGUUCUCCUGUAAAGAAUGGCACGAUACUGCAAGUGGUGAGGGGUUCUCCAGCGUUGUUGUUUCAACUCCUUUCUGAGCGACCCUCUCCUGGCGCAUUACAGGUUGAGGACCCUGAUGGUGUCAUGCUUGCUUGCAUGUACAACAUGGGGCUUACCAAUUGCACACGCGACAGCGCACUUGACUACCUUGUUCUACUGUUGGCGCUUUCUGAGGAGGAGAAAUCCGCAUUUUUUACGUCACACGGCAAGGACGGAUUUGUACAGUUACUAAUACCCUUUGUGAACAACAGCAAGGUUCUGACUUCUGCUGUGGCAGGGGAAUGGCAAAAUCUUUAUGCCUUGCUAUUUCUUCAUAUGAAAGCCGAGAAGGAAUUGCUACCUCUGUUUGCUCAGGCGGCCUCAUACCUUGUGCUAAACCGAUGCCGGAGUGUGAUUGAAAAGGCUUCCAUUAUAACUCUUACCACUGCCAUCAUGGACGCUGUUUCUGGGGCUGCACCAUUCGGGGCUGCAGCUUCCGAUUUGUCCCGAAUGAUCGAGCGUGAACUGGCGAGUCCUGCCAUUGAAACUGCCGCCGCAGCUUGGAAACUUCUUCGGGUGGCUGGAGUGGAAGACGAGGUUGCAGACGAAAUGCGCGCCGCGCUAAAGAGUGCCAACAACAAUGAACAACUUCGACGGGUGAUGUUACUGCAUAUUUCACCGCAGCGAGCACCACAGGAUGUCAUUAAUGGCCUUGUAGAGCCGCUUUUGGAGGAGUGUGAGGAAGUGGAGGUGUACCGAACAGAUGCGUUUUUGGCCUUGCGCAUUGCUGCACAGAGGCGAUUUAACGUGGUAUCACGGCUGUGUGGUAUUCUUUGUCAGGCGGAUGUAGUGUCCCCGCUGGGGAGAAACUUGGAUGAGCUAAAUGGUCUUGUGGAAACUGCAGUAACGCUUGCCAAACUCAGCUUAUUUGCCCCCAUCGCGCUUCUCUUAACCCACAAGAGUGGAUUAUUGCGGCAUCGUCUUUCCUCGUAUGUUGCGACGCUUUCAACAGAUGCAAACGCCUUAAUCGCUCUGUGGGACAGCCUGACACGCAUCGUAUUUGGGUUGGAAAAAAAGGAGAAACCUAAAAUUUUGUCCUCCAGCGCGGUUGGAGCACUGCUCCCAGUAGCCUCCGCACUGCUGCAACACACAGCGAAGACACCGGUAACGACGACACUCUGUGAAGUUCUUUUGUGUUGUGGGCAUGACCAUGUUCAGGGGGAAGAUCCAUAUUAUUUCCACACAACCUCGUUUCUACUUGGCCGUUAUCGGACGAGUUCAAGGGUGGUGCAGUCGUCGAUAUUUAAUCGACUUUUUGCAGGGGAGCACACACAUCUGCUAACGAUGCAUGGUGAUACACUUGUUACUAAACUCUGUGGUGAUUUCAGUGGUCCGACGCAUUUGAGUACCGCAGCCAGUCGUGGUUUGGUGCUCCUUCUGGGAUUUCUCACCAGCCCGCUGUCGUCGCAGCGAGCCUUUGAUACAUUGUUGGAGGUCACCAAAAAGUCAGUGGAUUACCUAAUUUCCCUUGAUGCACGUGACCGUGCCAUUGCGGCUUCCUCCGUCACGGCGCUGCACGAAUACGAAACGCAGGCGUUACGAGAACAACAGCUUCUCAAGACGUAUCCAGAGAAACCACCCAAGGGAAUGUCAGAGGACGACUACGAGGACAUGAAACGACGAGAUGCCAUUGCUCUUGAAAAGGGCCGCGGCGUGUUGCGCACGGAAAUUGAGAAACGGAAGCAUGUGAUUGAGGAUGCAAUACGACAAAAUAAGGUGCCCUUGGCGACUAUUCGUACGAUUGGAACCACAGGACACUUCCCUACCGAGGGGGUGGCAGUACUUUACCCGUACCUUCAGGCAACGCUGAACCGCAGCGAUGUUCCCGAGGUUCUUGAGCGUCUUCUUCUGGAUGCGAUUUCUGGCUUGCUUUCGAAAACGGUUUUUGCACCCAUGGCAGAGAACAUGGCGCGUACCGUAGCACAGCUGCAUAAUAAAACCAUACUCACAUUUGGGGAUGUGUCACAGAUCUCAACGAUGUCGCUCCACCUGCGUCAAGCUGUUACUCACAUGAUUGCUGCUCCGCUGUUUGUGGUGCUGCUACCAUUCUCACGGGUGGCGUUUAGAGCUGGCCGUGGCAGCAACGCCGUGCAGACGACUAUUCCUGUUGCAACGCAGCACCAGCUUAUGGGUGUACUUUUGCAAAAUCUUGGACAGUCGCAACUACCACAACCCACGGAGACGCUGCAACUGCUGACCAACAUCCUACAGAAUUUUCCUUCACUCUUUAAGAGUGUGCAGCAAGGCAUUAAUCUGCUUAUGGCGCUUAUUCCCGCGUCGCAUCUUGCGGCGCUCGAGCUAGGUCUAUUUAAUCCUGCGGACGCUGUCAAGGAGGUGGUUGCCUCCGCAUAUCAUCGCUUUUCUCACUUCCUGACGUGUCGCCGUGCGUUGGUCCUGGCGGCGGUUUCCCUGCAUGAUACAUCUACGGCGGUGGUGAAGGCGAUGCAAGUUGUUGCGCAGGAUAGAGCGUACGCCUUCUCGCUUGAGCCAAGUGAUUGGAAUGAUCUUCUUUACUUUUUAAAUAACUACGGCCAACAGCACGUGUCACACGCUGUGCGCAUUGGUGAAGCCAUGCGAAAACUCUUCUUGCUGCCCUCUACUACAGGGGCCCAACAAAAGUUGUGGCUUGAGGAUUUGAAAAGUAUCGCUGGACAAGGCGCUGUUGCCGCCAUUCAGGUUCUCUCUUCCUCCUUGAUCGGCGAUGCUUUUCAGAACGCCCUGUUGUUUUUGUGCGACAUGGCAGAGUCCCCUAGCACAGAACCACUUAUGCGACUUAUCCUCUCCUGUGGACGCGUGGUUUUGAACGACUGUGCGAUGGAUAUUCUACGGUCUCUGGCUCCAACACUUCAGACGCGGCUCGGUAAACCACCUAAGGAUCUCAGUAAUGCACAUAAGGAGCUCUACUUUGCCACCUCUACGGUGUGGCUAACGAUCAUUAGCUGUCGUCUCAAGGAGACGAAAUUGUUGGAAUCCAUUGUUGAGCAGCAGAGUAGCACGUUGAACAAGUCCAGCUCAGCGAUGGUGCAUCGAGCGGUGUGUACCUCGAUGGUGGAGAUCACAAAAAAUGCGGAAGUACGAGAGUCGUCAAAGCUGGAUGAGUUUGUGGAAAAGUGUUUGAAACAAGUCAUCCACUCCAGUUCCUACAUCAAGAAAAAAGCCCACGCCUAUGGGCUUGUCGGUGUUAUCCAGGGUUUGGGCCUUACCUCCCUGCGACGCUACCACAUUAUGGAGAUUAUGCAGAAGGCCGUCAAGGAGAAUCAGGCUGAGCGAACGGGAGUGAUGCUGCUCCUGGAGGUUCUUUCUGAGGAGAUGGGAUCCAAAUUUGAGCCCUACGCACUCGCCAUGUGCAGCGGUUUGCUUGAGGGUGUGGCCGACAAGGAUCCAAAGGUCUCGCAAUGUGCUGAUGACGCGUCACGUAUUAUGGUGAGUUCCUUGACUGCGGUGGGUCUACGGCAGCUUAUUCCUUGCUUGGUGGAUAGUCUUUCAGCAGAACAGGCCAAACUGCGCGUCCCUCCGCUAAAUUUUAUUGGUUAUGUCGCCUUUUGUUCUCCUAAACAAUUGGCCGCCACACUGCCAGAGAUUACAAAACACAUAAACGCUUGCCUCUUUGACGUCAAUCAUAAUGUUUCGAUGGCUGCGAUGAAUGCUUUGCGGCGUGUUGCAGGUGUGGUAUCAAACACAGAGAUUCGGGAGCAUGUGGAGUUGAUUCUCGCUGCGUUACGCUCUCCUAAUACGGAAACGGAGAAUGCUUUGGAUGCGUUGUUGUAUACGCGUUUUGUGAAUGCCGUGGAUCCCGCAUCGUUGGCUCUUAUUAUACCUAUCCUUUCACGUGGCCUUAGUAGCCAAAUGCCACAUCUCCGUCCGAAGGCAGCCCAAAUUGUGGCAUCUAUGGUGAACCUUGUCAAUGACCCGAAGUCUCUCAAACCCUACUCUGAAGAACUUGUAAAGCUACUUGAGGAGGCCGCAAUGGAUCCCAUGUCGGAGGCUCGUACAACCAGCGCCAAGGCUGUUGCAGCUCUUUCUGCUGCCAUUGGUGGGAAAAUGGUGGAUGAUAUUGUGGCCUGGUGUUUUGCGAUUCUACAAAAGGCACAUGUUAGCACGAUUGAAAAGGCGGGUGCCGCUCAGGUGUUUGUGGAAGUUGUAGAAAGUUGUGGGGAUUCCAUUUUAUACGACUCAUUCCCCACGAUUGAGGCAGGUAUGUUGGAUGAGCGACCUCUUGUACGUGAAGGAUUUUUACACAUCAUGGUGUACGCGCCUUCCACCUUCAGCCCGGCCAACUUUCAGAGAUUUUUGCCACUGUCCUUCCCAUGGGUGCUUGAAGGUCUCUCACACUUUUCUGAUCGUGUGCGGGAUGUGGCACUGGUGGCAGGAUCAGGUGUCAUUAACUUGUACGGCACACGGAAUCUUUCGUUGGUGCUUGAGCCUUUGCUGUCUGGUGUGGUAAGUGAGGUGACGACGUUGCGUCAGAGUUCCAUGUUGCUCGCAUCGAAGCUGCUUAUUCACUUGGUGCAGCAGAUUCGUAAGAAGAUGCGCAUUAAUGUGGCCAAGGAGAAUUUGGCUGGGGACCAAGACAAGAUGAAAGAGUUGGAACAAAUGUUAGAGCAAGAAGGCGAGGGAGAGGGGGAUGCCGAAUCCGGUGGUAUACUGCAGAUGGAGGUUGCACGCGAUGUGGAGAAGCGUGGCAUCUCCAUUCUUGGUUCUCUUGAAGAAAUGUUGGGAACGGAGAGCUUCACGCGAUUGUUGGCCGCGAUGUACUGUGGUCGUCAUGAACGUAAUCUAGAGGUUCGCACAGGCACAAAUAAUGCAUGGCAGACGUGUGUGGCGAGUCUUCGUGGUGCCGUGAAGAAGAUAUUUAAUGGCCUAGUCAAUGUCCUCAUAUUAUUUGCUUCGUCCGAAAAUUUGGAUUGUGUAGAGAUGGCCACAAAAACGAUUGAGUUUACUUCCCGCCUGAAUGAGAUGAUCGAACAGUUAAUUGAGGCUCUCUGUGACCGUUACAAGGACAACAAUCGUAGAAGCAAACUUGGAGCACUUGUGUGCCUUGCUAACGUUGUGGUGUACAUUGACUCGCGUCGCCUCAUUGGGAUGGGCGGCCAGAUUGUGGGGUGUGUGCUUCCCGGUAUGCAGGACAAAGACCCGCAGGUGCAGGAGUGCGCGCGUGAUGUGUUUGCGAAGGUCUCCAGGUCGGUUGGUCCACGUCUUAUUGAGGAUGCCAUUGAGGCACAAAUUGAGACCUCCGUGCGCGGUGUGGUGGAGGUGGUGAAGGUCAAACCAGGCGCGGCGCUUGGCAUUAUCUUCAAGCAUCUUGCUCAGCGAUCUGUGUACACACAAGACAAUCUGGAGCUGCUCGAUGCCAUACUUGACGUGGAUGAGGCUUAUGAGCAGCUACGCCGGUUCACCGAUACCAUUAGUCAAACACUUCUAGCAUUUCUUGUGCAGGGGCUUGAUGGGGCGAGCGAAACCUACCAAAAGUUCAUUGAAGGUUUACCCCGUGAAUUUGAGCACUUGCCAAUGGAACACUGGGAAAAAGGACUUUGUUCUCCGGCGACACAACGUGGCGCACUUCUCGCGGCAGAGGCGUAUGGCUUGGGUGUCUCAUUUGACCAUAUUGAGGGCCUCUCCGCGGUGUUUCGGGCUGCCAUUGAGGUACUUGGGAGCGAGAAGGAUGAAAUGCGAGGUAUUGCGAUUUCUAUGAUCCCGCGCCUUAUUGCAUCACUCGAGCAACGUGUGGUGGAGUCUCUGGAGGAAGAAGAGCAACAGGAUCUUACCACAAGCAAGCGCGCUGCUGGUCGCUAUUUGUUGCAAUACUUGGAUUUGUUUCAAAACACGUUGGGGGCUACGGCUCGUGCAGUGGUUACAGAGGCGAAUCCGGAAUUCGGUGUUCUUGGCGAGGGCGAACCCACGCGACUGUUUGACGUUUUCAUGACAUUCUAUAACAGGGGUCUUGAUUACGGCACCUCCAUGCAAAAGGUACAGGCAGUGGAGUGUAUUCAGGAUCUUUUGACGUUUGCACCGCGGCGUGUGAGCGCGGGUGCCGCCAACACCGUCGCUGGCCGCUGCUCAAAGGUGCUGUUUACAAGAAAUGAGGGAGCUGUUGUUCUUGCGCUUGUGAGACUGUGCCUGCAGCUGAUGAAUUACCCCGCCAGCGGAAAGGAGAAAAUGGUGGAGGGCACCAUGGCACUUGCAAUGUUUAAUGCGUCUCUCUGUGACACCGGCGAGGCUCGUGUGUUGGCGCUCCGUGUCGUCAUUCAGUUGCUACGGAGGUCUGAGAGGUAUGCUGAUAUUAUCCUUGGCACGGUGGUUACAAAGAAGGCGGCGGUUGACAGCCCUUUGCUUUGUGGCGUUAUGUGCCGUUUCAUCUCCGUUGUCAUACGGUACGGUCGCUUUACCAAGGCCCUGAGCCACAUUGCGAAACUAUUGGACUUUGUCUUGCCCAUCUGGGAACGGGCAGAGACGCCAGCAACUACAGCUGUCGCCGGUGUGGCCGUGGCGGCGUUGUGCAAGUCGGCGAGUAUUACUGAUGGGCAGCUUGCUGAGCUCCAAAAGAGGGCGCUGGUAAUGAUGGCUUCCAGGGGUAAUGGGGCUCUUGGCGGGUUUGCGUUUGCGUACUCGCUUGUUACCUGUUGCAUGGAGCGCGUGGAACCGGCAUUCAUUCGUGCCGCGGUGGACGGCGUGCGGACGGCGGCGAGCGUCGGCGCCAGCGACAAGUUGAGCAUCACUUGGCUGCUGCGCGCUGCUGCUGCCCUGGCCAGCACCGGACUCCUGCAAACAUCUGAUCUUAAGCCGGAAGUGUACGUCCCCAUGCUGCGUCGUGUGGACGUGAACGACGAGCUGAUGAUGAGUACGGCGCAGUAUUACUAUGACGUGCUGACAGAGAGGUUCCCUGAGGCGGUGAAUGCGGUGGCGAAUCUCCCGCACGAGCAAAGCACGCAGUGGGACGUUGUGGGCCACUUUGACGCCGACCUCGACGACGAGGUGGCCGCUGACACGGUGUACUAG